AUGAGGAUGAUUGGAAGAGGGAUCAUAAAGCGGGAAAUUGAAAACCUCAAGCGUAAGCCAGCAGGAAUAGAGGCAAAUCACUGGAAAAAGUUUCUUCAAUAUCGAUUGGACGAUGACACGAAGGAUAAGUGUAGAAAAAAUGCCGUUAAUCGUUCAAAGCAACAAUACACAUAUACCGGAGGUUCUAAAACGAUGGCAAGAAAGAGACACGAAGAAGAAGCAAUUGAACUUGUUGAGAGCCAAGACCCCUCUAGCAAGGAAUUUUCACAGAAUGAUUCCCUUGCACAAGUGCUUGGAAAGGAGCACCCAGGAAGAGUUCGUGGACUCGGUAUUGGUACAUGUCCGAGUCGGUGUUUUCGUAACAUUCCAGAGCAGUCGGACUACGGUGUACAGAUUGAGGAGUAUCAGAUGGAGAUUGUGAAACUCAAGGCGGAGGCAGCAGAACUCAAGGCGGAGGCAGCAGAACUCAGGGCAGCAGCAGCAGCAGCAGAGGCAAAGAGACAGAGAAUGGAAACAGAGGCAGCUGAAGGGAAGGCAAAAAUACAGACAAUGGGAGAUUUGUUGACAUACGUAAUCCAGCAACAAGGAGGUAAUUUGCCACCUGAAAUAGCUGCGGGUUUGGAUUAUUUGAGAAGUGCACCAACCUCAUCCCAUGCAAGAUGA